AUAAUGAACACAGGGUGGCGGUAUUUUUCUUUACUUCUGGUUUGCUCCCAACAUAAAAAGAAGAUGAAGAAGACACAAUGACAACAAUCAAGUGAGGAGCGCCAGAGAAACAGCGCCUGGCUGCUUGUGGUGGAGAACGAUAUUUUUUUGUUUUUAAAAAAAAUCCUUGCACCAUGGAGGUCAUUGUCGAUUUCCUCAACAUGUUACACACAGAGGUCAGUGGAGUAUCUGUGGCGCUCGGCCUCCUCUUCCUGGCUCUUCUAUACUGGUAUUCCAUCUACCCCUUUUCAGUCCUUGCUCGAUGUGGAAUCAAACAUCCUAAGCCGGUUCCUUUUUUUGGAAACCUUUUCCUGUUUCGUCAGGGUUUUUUCCAUCCUGUGUCUGACCUCAUAAAGACACAUGGCAGAGUUUGUGGGUAUUAUUUGGGGAGGAGAGCAGUGGUGGUAGUGGCAGACCCCGACAUGCUCAGACAAGUGAUGGUGAGAGAGUUCAGCAGCUUUCCAAACCGAAUGACUAUUCGCUUUGCCACCAAACCGAUGAGCGAUUGUCUACUCAUGUUGAGGAAUGAACAGUGGAAGAGAGUUCGAAGUAUCUUGACCCUCUUCAGUGCUGCCAAAAUGAAAGAGAUGGUUCCUCUCAUCCAAACAGCCACGACUGCCCUGAUGAACAACUUAGAGGUCUAUGCUGGAUCGGGGGAGGCUUUUGACAUCCACAGGUGUUUCGGCUGCUUCACUAUGGACGUCAUCGGCAGCGUGGCGUUCGCAACACAGGUGGACUCUCAGAACAACCCAGAUGACCCGUUUGUCCGUCACGCUCAGAUGUUCUUCUCCUUUUCUUUCUUCAGGCCCAUCAUGCUCUUUUUUAUUGCUUUUCCGCACAUCACGGCUCCGCUGGUAGGAAUUAUCCCCAAUAAACGGCGGCAUCAAAUGAAUGAGUUCUUCAUCAACAGCAUUCGGAGGAUCAUCAGACAGAGAGAGGAGCAACCUCCUGAGCAGAGGCGUCGAGACUUCCUUCAGCUUAUGUUGGAUGCACGUAGCAGCAAGGAAGGUGCAUCCUCGGAGCACUUUGACACAGCGAGCCACCAGCAGCCAUUUACUCCAAGCCCAGAGGAUAGUCUUCACCCUACUGAUUCGCCCACCCGGCGCCCAUCAAAAAAACUGAUCACCGAAGAUGAGAUUGUCGGCCAAGCGUUAGUCUUCCUGCUGGCGGGCUAUGAAACAAGCAGCAACACACUGGGCUUCACCUGCUACCUCCUGGCGCUUCAUCCGGAGUGUCAGCGCCGAGUCCAGGAGGAGGUGGAUGGCUUCUUCAGCAGACAUGAAUCACCCGACUACUCUAAUGUCCAGGAGCUGAAAUAUUUAGAUAUGGUCGUAUGUGAAGCUUUGCGUCUCUAUCCUCCUGGAUUCAGGUUUGCACGAGACAUUGAUCAGGACUGCGUGGUGAACGGCGUUCUCCUCCCAAAAGGAGCUUCAUUGGAGAUCCCCGCUGGCUUCCUGCACUACGACCCGGAGCACUGGCCAGAGCCGGAGAAAUUCAUCCCCGAGAGAUUCACUCCCGAGGCAAAAGCCAGCAGACAUCCAUUCGUGUACCUGCCCUUUGGGGCCGGGCCCCGCAACUGUGUGGGCAUGAGGCUCGCCCAACUGGAGAUCAAGAUGGCUCUGGUUCGUCUGUUCCACAGGUUCACCAUUAUAAAGUGCUCUGAAACAAAGGUUCCACUUGAGUUGAAGUCCUCCAGCACCCUGGGACCCAAAAAUGGCAUUUUUGUCAAGAUAUCGAGAAGAGACAAAAGUGAAACAUGAGUCCAAGUGCUGAACUUUAUGAGCUCCAAAAGAAUUACAACACAUCAAUCUUGUGAUGUUACUGAUUAGCUGCUUGUUUGGUUUAUCAUAGGAAUGCUUUAUUGAUGCCAGAAUAGUUAAAGAAGUGCAUUAUUUGCUUCUACGUCUUGUAAAUGAACAAAUAUAUAAAACAAGUUGAACUGCCUACCAGUGGCAUAUUAAACCACAAACACAGCUAAUGACUGCAAAGUGAUUCUGCACAAUAUUUAGGGUGGAGUGUAAAUAUGUGAUUUACUGAGGAUUACCAAUAAAAGGCUGUGUUGAAAAUUAUAGAGCUACAAACUGUACAUAGUAAUAGUACCAGGCAAUGUAUGAAACUUUAGUAAUCCAUGUAAGAAUUGUUUUUAAAAUGUAUCUAAUUCGAUCAAAUCCCCUUCAUUUAUGUACCACUAUUAACAACAGAACUGUUUCCAGAGUGCUGGACAUAAAAAAACAACAAGUAAUUAAAUUAAAAACAUUUGAAAUAAAAUAAGUAAAACAAAAAAUCAAUAGAAUGAAACAAUAAAAGACAAAUCAAUAAAUAAAACAAAAAACAGAGUUUAAAAGCCAACGAAUAAAAGUGGAUUUUAAGACAAGACUUAAAAACAUUUAACAGUGGGGGCAAUUUUGACACGAAGGGGCAGAACAUGUGAUAAGUCAUCUGCUGAUUGGUUCGAGUGUUGCUCUGGUAUUUCGACAAGCCCUUCGAGGACCCCGAAGGCUGCCCGUCGCAAUGGACUCGGACUUUGCCUUGUUCUUGGAUUUUAAUCACAAAUUGGAUAACAUCUCGGAGAAGAUUUCAACUCGGCAAGGUGAGAGCCAGAAUGGACAAUUUGACGUGACAAAACAUUAGAAUGCGUUUGCUCGCCUAACCAAAAUAAAUUAUCUACAAUUCGACUUUUUACAGGCUGUGCUGUAAACACCCCAGCGUGACCAGUGCCACAAAAAAGCCCUGAAAAGUCCCUUCCCUUCUUCAAAGACACCUAGGCUUAUAGACACACAUGCACCCAUUGCCUACCAAUCAGGCUUCCUGUUCUGUACACCCCUCUAACUGUAUAUUGUAUGUCUGCUCUUGGGCGGUUGCACUGAAAAUUACUACAAUUAUUAUUAAAAUGUUGUCGUAUUUUUUAAGUGCAAUGACACUUAAGCUAUUCUAUAAAUCUACUGCAGUUGUUUGUGUCAGGAACUCGCAGUCGUGACCCUAAGAUGCAGGAGACAGGAGGCAAUGCGCAGCAAGAGUCUAUUAAUUAUAUUUAACACAAAAGGUGCAGCAGGGAAGUGCACAAACACACAGCAACUGAACAAUCCUCAAGCCCUGAUGAAAGGGCAAGGCAGGGAUUUAUAGAAGCCAGCUGAUUGACAACCACUACCAGGUGUGGCCGGGCUGCCAAUCAGCGGCAGGUGAGGGGUGACAUGCAGGAAAAGGAACUGAAAAUAAGAGCGCCCGAGAGGAAAUAAACCAACUAAGGAAGCAUAACAAGCUGUGAAUGUGACAGGUAGUCACAGUUUGUAGUACAUUCUAUUGUAUUGUUUUUAUACAAUUACUAUCUAAAAGGUUGUUUUUUAUAAGGCAUUUUACACAUUAAAAUGGUGCAGUUCUUGAAGGUCAUGCACCAAUUAAAUUGAUUUCAAUAGGCGACCCAGACUUGAGAUACACGCGUUUUGAGUUAAGAGCUCCAUCCAACCAAUUAAUGUCGUAAGUUGAGGUGCGACUGUCUUCACGUGUGGCAGUGAAGAUCAUUUGAUAGUGAUGGGUUGAUGAGGCCUCAUGAAGCGUUUCGACACAUUGCAAAACUGUAUUGAUACUGUGUCACUAAAUACUGACAUCUGCUGGACAUUAAAAAUCCCUACAGGCAACCUAUGGACCGACUCAACUG